AUGAUAAUAGGAAAUCUGAAUAUUAGAGGAGGGGGCAGUUUGUUGAAGAGGAAAAGGAUUAGUAAGAUUAUUAAGGAAGGGAAUACUGAGAUUUUUCUUAUUCAAGAAUAUAAACUCAACAAUAUGGAUCAAAAUCUAGUGAAAUCUUUGUGGAACAGGGAGAAGGUUGGUUGGUCUUACUCUAGUUCGACGGGUAACAGUGGCGGUAUCACCACUCUUUGGAAGGAGGAGAGUGUGGAAGAGAUAUUCAGCUUUAAAGGAGAAGGAUUUUUAGAAGUGAAACUGUGUAGCAAAGGUAUUUGUUUCUAUGUUGUCAACAUCUAUUCUCCUUGUGCCUUGGAGCAAAAAAGGAAACUGCGGGAAUCUAUUAUUCAGUUGAGAUUGAAAUACUCUGAUGCAGAUUGGGUUCUGGAUGGGGACUUUAAUGCAGUGUGUAUAGCAAAGGAGAGGAGAGGGAGAUCUUUAGUUAAUAGGAAGGCAGAGAUGGAAGGCUUUUCUCAGUUUGUGGAGACUUGUGAAUUACAGGAUGUGCCUUGUAAGGGGAAAUGCUUCUCUUGGUUCAUUGGUGAUGGGCAUGCGGCUAGUAGAAUUGACCGUUUUUUGUUAUCUGAAGACUUAAUAUCUUCUUGGGGAGUAGUGGGACAGAGAAUUGGUAACCGAUACAUAUCGGAACAUUAUCCGGUGUGGCUUAUGGUGGAUAAAGAAGAUUGGGGUCCAAAACCCUUUAUGUUUAAUAAUACUUGGUUUGAGGAUAAGAAUUUUUUACCGUUUAUUGAAUCUGAAUGGAAUAAAUUAAAAGUGGUAGGAAGAAGUGACUUUGUUCUUAAGGAGAAGCUUAGGCUUCUAAAAUAUAGUUUACGUAAGUGGAAUGUUAACGUCUUUGGAAAGGUGGAUUUGGAGAUUAAGGAAGGUGUGGAAGAGAUUAAUGAAUUGGAUGAGUUUGUUAGUUGGUGCAAUCUGAAUCAGCAUGCUGAAGCAAUUCAGAGAAGGAGUGUCGUGACUAGCAGGAUGUGA